AUGCAGCUGACCACUUUGGAAUUCCUGAAAGUUCAAGAGCAUGUCGCUCUAUGGAAUAAAGCCGAUGUCGCCAUCGCACCUGCCGUUUAUGUGAAGUGUCUGGCGGCGCUGCGAGAGGAUCCUUUCGGUGCUUAUACGCUGGGGAAAAUCCACUACUUUGAGUAUUUGCUGGCUGUUGUGGAGAACUUGAACAAGGCUCCAUCCCAGUACAUGGACGAGUCGAUCCGUGAGCUUCUUGCUGCGUCUUUGGUAUCGGAAACUAGUGGCAUUGAAAAAAUGUACUCGGCAAUUCUGCAUUCGAGAGGAUUGAAAGGAACCGAGUAUGCAAAGUCUCUCGCCCGACUCAACGCCAUCAAUGGACCCGAUUCUGCUUUCGGGAAAGACGCGACGAAGGCGUUGCAAAAAUCAGGAUUUGAACAGUUAUCUAACGUAUUGAAGGCACGUUUAAAGACCGAGAAGGAGCUAAUUGGGGGGCUGGAGAGUAGGUGA